AUUGUUACACGAUAAUGGUAGAUGAAAUUUACAUUGCAUAAAGUGAAAUUCCGAUUAUCUCUAUACUAAUAAGAUGUGUAAAUAAUUCACAUGUAAUUUUUGAAAUCGAGGUCGUGAUAUUUUUUGAAAAUGCUGCGUCAACGGGCAUUGUCAAGGGAUAGAGUACUUUUUCGAGUAUUAAAGAAUAAAAGUCCAGUCGCGAGCAGUAUAUGUGAAAAACUGAAUCACAAUGUGAAGAACAUUGUUUUGUUAUCAGAGGAUGAACUUUGUGAACUAUGGCAACAUAUGAAAACUAUAUUAAUAGAAGCAAAAAAGUUAUAUACACAGAGAUUAAGUAAUAAAAGCAAAUAUGUAAAAGAAUUCAAUCUUAUGGUUAAGUUAAUACGUACAAUAACUACAAUGGCCCUUGAAACAAUUGUACAACGAAUAUUUAUACCUAAUAUUCUGUUAGAAAACAUAAUGUUACUACACUCUGUAAUAUUACCCAAUAUAAAGGAUGAACAGGCUAAAAAUGAAAUAUCAUAUUUGCUGGAAAACUGGUGGUCAUUAGAUAUGACAUGGAAAGAGAAAGUGAUAAUAAAUUCAUUAAAGUACCUCAUCCAGAAUUCUAAAUUUUCAUUGCAACAUGUAAAACGUUUAUAUGAGAUAAGAUCUACUAUCACAUUGCUAAAAUAUACAGAAGAUGUACAAGACUUACUUAAACUUGUUCGAGAAAAAUUAGUGAUGUCACUUGAAGAAGGUCGUAUGUUGAUACUAUAUUUGUUUACUCUUGGAGAGCAAUAUAUAUUGGGAAUUCAUAAUAAUGUAAGAGUAGUAUUACAAAGUAUUGGACAUAACUGUAUUGCUGCAUAUGCAGAUUUAUAUGUAUCAGCAUGGUUAAAUGCAACUGAAAAAUUAAAAAAAUUUAUUACUGAAAAUUGUGUAAACAAUGUUAUCUAUCAUUGUUUUCGAGCAUAUAGAGAUUCUACAGGAAGAGGAAAACUUGGUAAAAAUCUACUUUCAUUUCUGACUGCUAUACAUGAUAGUAAACAUCAAGCAGCAAAAUUAAUGAUUCAUAAUCAAUGUAAACCUUUGCUUUGGAAACAUUUAAAGGCACCUGGUUCUCUCAUCAGAUGUAAUGCUGUAGAGAUUCUUUUUGUAACAAGUUCGGUGCAAUAUACAUGUGCUACAAGAGACAGAAAUAAGAUUUACCUUCAAAAGUUUUAUAAGACAAUAACUGAUCUUUUGAAUGAUUCAGAUUUUGAAGUUUGUAAUGUCACUAUACAUGGUCUAUUUAAAAUGUUAGAAAAAUAUUGGAAUUGUAUUCCAAAUAAUAUUAUCCGAGACUGGUUAAACAUUUUAUUGCAUCACACAAAAAAUGCCAAUAAUUCCAAAAUAAGAGCAAACAUUUUUAUUGGUUUAAAAAGGAUAUGGGUUAAAGAACGAUCUCAUAGAAUACUUAAGGAUUUCCUACCAAAUUUUGCAAAUAGUAUUUAUGAUAAUGAUAAAACCGUAUUGGAGGCAUUAAUUAAACUGCUUUGGCAUGCGCAAAAUCAACUUGGAAUACCGUUUUGGGAUAUAGUACCCUUGACAUAUGUUCUUGAUCGUUUGGAGACUACGCAAGAUACAUUUUUGUUACAAGAAUUGGUAAAACUUAUUUGGCUACGGGUAUCGUCAAACGGUACGCAUUACGAUAAAAUAAAAGAUGAAUUAGCGUAUAUAGGAACAAGUAAUAUAAAUGCUAUUAGAAGAUUUUGUUACCAUUCUAAACCUGUUAUAAACUGGAAUACAUCUAUAAAACUAAUUGAAACUUUCCUAUCAAUGAUAAAAGAAGAAAUGGAGUGCUUACCUGUAGUGAAAACAUUGAAUAAAAAUCGUAAUAAAAAAGCUAAAUUUAGCAAAGAGGAAAACAGAUAUGAAAAUGAUUCUUUGAACAGUUGGAAUGAAGACUUUGAUAGUUAUAGAGAUGUGCAUACAUAUAUUGAUAUUAUUGCUAUGUUGUUAGUAUCAAAUAUUAAAAGUAUGGAAGAAGAAAAAUUUUAUACAGAAGAAAUGAAUAUUUUACAAGUCAUUGCGCAUACGAUACCCGAAUUUUUGAAAUAUUUUAGGGAAACGUCAAUAAAUGAAUCAGUAAUAUUUUUAUUUUCUUUAAUACCUCCAAAAUAUUUUCUCAAUAAAAUUGAAGUUAUUGAAAUGUUAAUACAACAAUUAUGUGAUCCCGAUAUCUCUGAUGAUACCCUUCUUACAAUUAUUUAUGUUCUUAUGAAAUGGAAUAAAGGAGAUACAAUUUUAUAUGCGUUAACAAACCUUUUUACAGAAUCUUUCAAUAUAAAUGCAAGAAGUAAUCAGAAUACCACUAAUAUUACAGAUAUCUUUCAAAUCAAUGAAAAGGGAUUAGAAUUAAGUUUGCGAAUUCUAAAACAUUUAUUGCAUAUUGAAUAUCAGUCAGUUUUAAUGAAUAAAUAUCAUAAAGAUAUGCUUAAAUUUUGGAAAAACUUACAUAAAUUUAGAAAUUUUAUAGAAGAAGGAUUAAACAAUGAGUGCAAUAUAGGUUGUCUGUCCAAAGAUAUAACUGUACAAAUUUUUAAAGAAUAUAUAUCAAUGAUUGUAAUAUUACAUAAGAAAGAUAUAUUCGAUGCAUCAGAACAUUUGUCAGAGGUUUUAUUGUGGGUUAGAAGGGCAAUAGUACCGCACAUAUCACACGUAGAUGUGAAUAUUAUAGAAAACCAUCAAAUUUGUAUAAGUAUAAUAAAAAGUACUUUCGAUAUGUCAGAAUGGUUACUAAAGGAGUACAACAGUACUCCAAAAUUGUGUUGUGAUAUUGUACUUUUAUAUUGUAGUUGUUUAUCUCUAGCAAUUGGUAUAGUUUUUUGUAGCAGUGCAUUUGAUACAAUAAUGACAUUAUUAGAUUUUAGUAAAAUGGCUUAUGAAAAACGUGAACCAAAUUUGUUAAAUAUAGUUGUACCAAAUUUUGUAUGUGUUACAAUGGUUACUUUAACCAGGUAUGACAAAGAUACGUUGCUUAAAUAUACAAAUAACUUAAAAAUCAUACAUGAAUUAACAGAAAAAUAUUUCCUCGUUAUUAAAGAUACUUUUAAGAAUGAAAAUUUAUAUCUUUCAUAUAUAACUAUUAUGUUUAAUACUGCAAUCAGUAGUAUAAGUACAGAAGUAACACGUAUUCUACAGUGCUCGUGCAUAACAGAGGAAAACAUUUCACUCAUACAGUUUCCUUAUUUAGCAAAGAAGAUAUUAAAAAUUAUUUUAAAGUCAAAAAAAAAAUACCAAAAACUAAGCAUACAAGUAUUAACAGAGACAAUAACAAGUUACACCAAAAUUGACAUGCUUUCUGCUUUAAUAGUAAUAUACACAGUGCUUAAAUCAACUGAUAAAACAAUUGUUAACAGACUUAAGAACAUAACAUUAGCAUCCAAAGCACAUUACCAAAAGCAAUGUUGUGAUACUCCUUCUGACAGAUCUAUAAAUGAUGCAAUGAAUACAGUUAUAGAUGCAAUACUGAAGCAAUAAUACAAUUGCUAAAAGCUGAACAUGUUUGAAUAGAUAGAAUAUACUAUUUAUUUG